GUUUUCUGUAAUUUUGUCUUUGAUUCCUCCUAGCUUGGAUUUUGCUUGCUUGAUUUGUCAUUCUUUUGCAUUUCCGUUUCCUUUGCGGAAUUUUCCGGUUGUUUUUGCGUUUAAUUUACUUGCUAGAGCUUUGGUUCCGGUUGGAGUCAUUUGAGAUCUGCUGAACUUGUUUGAAUCUUUGUGCAUCUCUCUCUCUCUCUCGUGUGUGUUUAACGUAUAAGUGCGUUAAUGAGAGGAAGCAGGAUUCCUUUGCCCUCAGUCUGCGAAUUUUGUACUAGUCCUUGCGUGAAAUUACCAGCCGUGGUACGAAGAGUUGGUUUUUAACUUAAAGAUAUGCAGGGACCAUUUGAAUUCCGUAGAUUUUUGGUUCUUGCUGUGGAAAUGACAAUUUCAGGUUAUUGUAGCGGUUGAGACUAGAGGGGAUACAAAUAUUGGUAGAAUUGCGGUCUCCAAACUUUUGUAGCGCGGCGUUAUGGCAGGCUGUGCUACCUGAAUUUAUGUUUUCGUUUAAUUGAUGAAUUAUUUUUCUAAUUUGAGGUUUCAGGUUUUCGUUUCUGUUUUAGUCAUUCAUCGUGGUUUUUCAUUUGAACUAUAGUUGCAUAUUUUGUCCGCAAAAUUGCGACCUGCUGGUGGCUUUCGUUAUGUUAGCCCGUAAACUCAUAUGAUUUUCUCUUGAAAAAAGAAAAAACCGUAUGUCUUUCUUCACAAACAUUCAACCAUCAGAAACCACAGAGUUAGCGUCAUUUUGUUCUGAUUUUCCUUCGAGCCAAUAGCAAAAAUUGUUUCCCAGAAGGGGUUGUUCUUUUGUAACUGAAUAACUUGGGAACUUAAUGUUGAAGUCUUCAGAUAAGUUGCUAUCAGCUAGACGGUUCCAUGUUCCAGAUAUUUUUUCUUCCUCAAAAGGUUAUGAACAUUUUCAGGGUUGUGGUGUCUGUUCCUGCAUAAUAAGAAGUUGCAGCUUGAAUAAGUUUGACGGCAUAUCUGAGAUCUGGUGUCUAAAACGAUUUUCUUGUCUCAUCUGUAUUCUGAUUCCUCAGAGUACUUGUGAGAAAUGGGCAUUAUUUGUGACUUUUGCGGGGAGCAAAGGUCUGUGGUUUACUGCAAAUCAGAUGCUGCUUGCUUGUGUCUUUCAUGUGAUCGCAAUGUUCAUUCAGCAAAUGCACUUGCUCAGCGUCAUUCCAGAACACUCUUAUGUGACGAAUGUAAUGCAGAACCAGCUAGAGUCAGGUGUAUUCAAGAAAAAGUUUCUCUUUGUCAAACUUGUGACUGGAAUAAGCACGGUGCUUCAGCCACAGCUACCGAACAUGAGAAACAGGCAAUAAACUCUUAUGCUGGUUGUCCUUCUGCUGCAGAACUUUCUAGAAUAUGGUCCUUCGUAUUGGAAUUGCCUUCUUCUGGAGAUUCAAAAUGUGAACAAGAAACGGGAUUGAUGACUAUUGAUGAGAACAGUGUUAGUAACUGUUGGGGUCCUUCAAGCAGCAAUUCUGUGGAGUUAGCUCUGCCUAGCAGACUAAGUGAUCUGGAAGCUGCAGAUAAGAUCAACUUUUGGAUGGGAUCUUCUCCAUUGCCUCCACUGAAUUCUCUGCCAUUUGAUGCUGAUCAACAAGUUGGAGUAGUGGACCCAACUAUGUCCAAGUUACCUUGUGAUGGGAUGAAAGAUCUUGGAAUUACUAAUGAUGCUGAACUAUAUGAUGGUUUCAAUAUGGAUGAUAUGGACCUAAGCUUUGAGAACUAUGAGGAACUCUUUGGCGAAUCUCGUAAUGAUUCUGAGCUUCCUUUUGAGGAGGGUGAUGCUGAUAGCUUGUUUUGGGGACAGAAUGUCUCUGCUGCUGAUUCACAAGGGCAAAAUGAGAUUGUUUUGGAGGCCUCUUCUUCAGUAGCAGAGCAAGCAAUAAUUGAAGAACCCCUCGCUGCUGGUCCAUCAAAGAAAAUGCAGACUGCAUGCAGAAGCAUGGUUUCUGCUGAUUCUGUGACGUCAAAUCCUGGCCUUGACACUGAGAUGAAUCUACGAUUUGCACCAAGGCAAGCUUGCUCGAGCCUGUCCCUACCAUUCUCAGGGUUAAGUGGUGAAAGCAGUCCCGGAGAUUAUCAAGAUUGUGGGAUAUCAUCCAUGCUUCUCAUGGGAGAACCUCCUCCUUGGUUUCCCUCUGCUCCAGAGGGCUCACAUCCUCCAGCAAGCAGAGAUAGUGCUGUUAGGCGUUAUAAAGAAAAGAAAAAGACUCGCAAGUUUGAGAAAAAGAUAAGAUAUGCCUCUCGCAAAGCACGAGCAGAUAUCAGAAAGCGUGUGAAAGGGCGGUUUGUCAAGGCUGGUGAAGCUUAUGACUAUGACCCAUUGUGUCAGACAAGAAGCUGCUGAAAAGAGCACAGCAUUCUCAAACCAAUUGUAUAAUGAUGAAGCUGGAGAAUUGGCUUACAAUGCACCUGAUGUUUAUAGAAACACAUGCAACUUCUGUAUAUUGCUAGCUUGGGAUUCUUUGGUUCCAGAACUUUACCACGGAACCUGCCACGAUAUUAAUCUACUACCUUAAUAAAAAAAUGGCUGCCUUAGGGACUCUUCAAGGUCUAUGCAUAAAAACUGAUUCUGAUGCUGAUGCAGAAGCUGUACCUUUUACAGAUAAAACUUUACUAUGGUAUCUGUUCCUUCCACUCUGUGAAGAAUGAAGAGCAGCAGCAUCCUCUAAAAGAAGACCGUGUGGUUCUGGUGCAGGCUGACUGUGGAAAAGAAAAUAUCAAAAUGUCUGCAAGAGAUCUGUUCAAGUGUUUAAGGGUGUCAUGUUCUUAAGUUUCAAACAUUUGAAUUCCAGUGGCAUUUUCCAUGAAUGAAGUGGAACCUCUAUUUUCAUAAGCUCAAAGGGGAAGAGGUGCAGACAAAAAGGAAAAAAAAAAAAAAAGGAACCACAGGGUAGUAGAGGAUGCAGUUUUGGAUUAGUUGAUAGUGACAGUUGAAUUUCUUAUGGAAAUGAUCGAGAAAAUGUGAUGCUAUUCACUCAAUAGUGUAAAUAUUUUCAUGCUCAAGGAUUCCAAAUUAUUAAACACUGAUUGUUAGAGAAGCUCACUUGUAACUAUGGUUCUUGCAGAUUCACCAUACUCCUGUCUUUUUGGCUCUAUGCAAGAACUGCUAGUAUAAGACUACAUCGAGGGUCCGUACGCAUGUACAUAGAAUACAUAAUCCUUUUGCUUUGUAAUGUAAAACGUUAUUCUGUCACUGAUGUUGUCUUUAUAUUGUACUCUUGGACUUCUGCAAAGGCACAACAAAAAGGAUGAGGAACAGAUUGGAUGGAGCAUUUGCUUUGGUUUUGAAAGGCACAUGCAGUCAAUCAACUGCCUGCAUGGAUUUUAUGAUUUUGAUCGUUUAACCACAGGAGAAUUAAAUAUCCCCUGUUUUCAUUAUCAAAACGUUGAAUGUAUGUGGAGUAAAAGGAAGAAGAUGUUUGUUAAGUCUUGUUUCUGAAAA